UCUCAUUUACGUGGUCCCAGUUUCGUAAUGGAACCACCAACACGAUUGGAAUUCUCUAAUUCAAGUGGUGGUUGGCUGGAUUGUUCAGCAUCCGGUAGUCCACAACCGUCCAUUGAUUGGUUAUCAGUGGAUGGUACAUCCGUGGGUGAUGUUUCUGGCAUUCGUCGUGUAUUACGUAAUGGUACUUUAGUAUUAUUACCAUUUGCAGCUGCGGCAUAUCGUCAAGAUAUUCAUAGUACGGUGUAUCGAUGUGUUGCAUCGAAUACAGUGGGACGUGUUGUGAGUCGUGAUGUUCAAGUACGAGCGGUUGUAACACAAGCAUUCAAAGUCGAUGUAGAAGUAUUGGGUGCGGCACGGGGGUGUACAGCGGUGUUACGUUGUGUAGUGCCAUCAUUUGUAAAGGAUUUAGUUCGUAUUGUUUCGUGGGUUCAAGAACCAUCGUUUUUUAUUUACCCAUCGUUGCAAGGAGAUGGAAAAUUUCAUCAACUUCCAACCGGUGAAUUGUUAAUACAUAAUUUGGAAUUUAGUGAUCAAUUUCCAACAUAUCGAUGCCGAACAAUGCAUCGAUUAAGUCGUCAAGUGGUUGUUAGUUCACCUGCAAAUGUUCGCCUAACAGAACAUCGAGGGAUUGUAUCACCAGUGAUUGUUGAACAUACUGGUACCGUACAUGUGUCACAGGAUGAGGGUGCUGCGCUAUUAUGUGUAGCACAGGGGUGUCCAUCACCUGAAUAUAGAUGGUAUACACAUACAGGAGUUGAGCCAAUGUUGGUUUUACCAGGUCCUCGGGUACGGCAAUUGGGACCAGUAUUAGCAAUAGAAGCGGUUACACCAGAAGACGGUGGUGUAUAUCGUUGUUCAGCAUCAAAUGCUGGUGGAGAAGCAAGUGCCGAGCUGCGUUUACAUGUUUCCACUCCCAUACAUGUUGAAAUUGUACCACCAUUAUUGAGUAUACAUAUGGGUGGUAGUGCUGAAUUUAGAUGUAUUGUGUCAGCUCAUGGCGGUGGACCACAUUUAGUCACAUGGUAUAAAGAUGGCCGACAGUUACCAAGUACUGGACGAACAACCACUGAAACUCUGGUGGUAAGUGGUGUUGGAAGAGAAGAUCGUGGAAUGUAUCAAUGCAUUGUUCGACGAGCAGAAGGUGAUACCGCACAAGCUGCUGCAGAAUUACAACUAGGAGAUGCCCCACCUGUGUUGCUGUACAGUUUCAUUGAACAAACAUUACAACCUGGUCCAGCCGUCUCAUUAAAAUGUAGUGCAACUGGUAAUCCUACGCCACAAAUCUCAUGGUCGUUAGAUGGUUUUCCAUUACCAUUAAAUGGAAGAUUUAUGAUUGGGCAAUAUGUAACUGUUCACGGUGAUGUCAUAAGUCACGUGAAUAUUAGUCAUGUUAUGGUCGAAGACGGUGGUGAAUAUUCGUGCACAGCAGAAAAUCGAGCUGGAAAAACUAGUCAUGCAGCUAGAUUAAAUAUAUAUGGAAUGCCAUAUAUUCGUUUAAUUCCAAAAGUAACAGCCGUGGCGGGUGAAACCCUUUCUUUAAAAUGUCCUGUAGCUGGAUAUCCAAUUGAAGAAAUUCGCUGGGAACGGUCUGGUCGUGAAUUACCUGAUGAUUUGCGCCAAAAAGUUUUACCGGAUGGAACAUUACAAGUGAAUCCAGUCCAAAAGAAAGCCGAUUCUGGUGUAUACACAUGUUGGGCGCGUAACAAGCAAGGUCAUAGUGCACGUCGAAGCGGAGAAGUUGCGGUGAUUGUUCCUCCUUCUAUUGAGCCCUUUUCCUUCCAAGACGGGUUAUCCGAGGGUAUGCGAACACGCACCGUAUGUGGUGUAAGUCGGGGUGAUCCCCCACUGGUAGUAUCAUGGCUCAAGGACGCACGACCAUUGCCCGCGAGCCUAGGUGCGAACGUGUCAGCCCUUGACCCUUAUUCCAGCCUCCUCAGCAUUUCUAGCCUCGGUGCGCAGCACUCUGGAGAUUACACAUGUGUGGCGUCCAAUCCUGCUGCAGAAGUUAGGUACACAGCGAAGCUCCAGGUGAAAGUGCCACCAAGAUGGAUUGUAGAACCCACUGAUGUCAGUGUUGAACGCAACAGGCAUGUAGCGCUUCACUGUCAAGCACAAGGAGUUCCUACUCCAACGGUUGUUUGGAAAAAAGCUACAGGUAGCAAGUCUGGUGAAUACGAAGAAGUCAGAGAAAGAAUGUAUACAAAAUUAUUAGGAAACGGAACGUUAGUUUUACAAAAUGUAAAAGAAGAUCGGGAGGGUUUUUAUUUGUGCCAAGCAAACAAUGGAAUUGGGACGGGAAUUGGAAAAGUAAUUCAGCUGCGAGUUAAUUCCUCGCCGUAUUUUUCGGCCCCGUCCCGUUUAGUAACUGUCAAAAAAGGUGAUACAGCCACUUUACAGUGUGACGUAAAUGGUGAUAAACCAAUAACUGUUGUAUGGCUACGUGGUGGGAAAAUUGAAAUGAAUCCAUCUACAAAUUAUCGUGUCUCAGCCAAACAAGAUGUCACACCAGAAGGUGUUAUUGCUGAGUUACAAAUUGCUAGUGUGGAAGCUGCCGAUAGUGGAGCAUAUUUUUGCCAAGCUAAUAAUAUGUAUGGACGAGAUCAACAACUUGUACAAUUACUUGUCCAAGAGCCACCGCUAAGUCCACAAAAUUUGGAAACAGCUAUGGUCAGUAGUCGAUCAGUAAACAUUAAAUGGCAACAUAAAUCAACUGACUCAAAUGAAGUCCUCAAAUUUAUAAUCCAGUAUCGUGAAGGCGAAAGUAAGUUUUAAAAAACUCCGAAUUUAUGCAUUUUAUCUUUAUUUUCAAUUUUUUUUUCAGGAGCUUGGCAACAAAUUGAACUAAAAGACCCUCCCCUACAGUUUGCUGCUUUAAUUGAAGAUUUAAAACCUGCAACAAAGUAUGUAUUUCGUGUAAUCGCUGAAGGUCCUGCUGGUAAAAGUGUUCCUAGUCCUGAAUUAAUCGUAACAACUGAACCACAGCGUCCAGCUGGCCCACCAUUAAACUUGUCAGUACGACCAGUUUCAUCCACAGAACUUUUGGUUACAUGGGUUCCUCCAUUACCGGAAUUACGGAAUGGAGAUAUUCAAGGCUAUAAUAUUGGUUUUCGUCCAUCAAAUCAAGCAAGUGCUAAUUACAAUUUUACUUCGGUGACUGGAGAUGGGGAAGAUGGAGGAGGGGAACUACUUUUAGGUGGUCUAGCAAAAUAUACAAGAUAUACGGUUGUGGCACAGGCGUUUAAUCAAGUUGGACCCGGUCCGUUAUCUGAGCCCGCUACAUCACAAACAAUGGAAGAUGUUCCUAGUAUGCCGCCAGAAGAUGUACGCUGUGCUGCAUUAACAUCGCAAUCUUUGCAAGUAAGUUGGCAGCCCCCACCUCCAGCGCAUUGUAAUGGAUUGUUACAAGGCUAUAAACUAAAUUAUGAACCGGUAAUUGAUGACUCCUGGAAAGGAAAUGAUGAAAUGGAGACACGAAAAACCACGGCACUAACAACUGUAAUCACAGGAUUACGAAAGUUUACAAAUUACAGUAUUCAAGUUUUGGCAUUUACAAGAAUUGGCGACGGAGUUAUGACACCAAUAAAUUUUUGUCAAACCGAAGAAGACGUCCCUGGUCCGCCAGAAGACGUUAAAGUUGUUGUCAGUUCACCUAGUUCCUUAUACAUAUCAUGGCUACCUCCAAAAGAAACUAAUGGCGUAAUUAUUAAAUACAAUUUGUAUACAAGAAGCAUGGGCGGUCGAGAAGAAUUGAAUCAUAGUAAAAAAAAUUUACAAGCUCAGCAAACAUUUUAUGAAGUGAAACAACUUCAACAACAUGUGGAUUAUCAAUUUUGGAUAACUGCAUCCACUCGAAUUGGAGAAGGUCAAACUUCUCGAGUUGUUUCGCAGAUGACCAGUACUAGAGUACCAGCACGAAUAACAUCAUUUGGAGGAACAGUUGUUCGUCCAUGGCGUGGAUCAGUUGCUUUACAAUGUUUAGCGGUUGGCCAACCUAGGCGUGAGUGGCUUCGCGGUGAUAUCGUCCUUAAACCUGGCGCCAAUCACAAUAUACAACUGUUAGAUACUGGAGAAUUAAUUUUAUCCAGUUUACAACCUGCAGAUUCUGGAAACUACACAUGCCAUGUUGAUAACGGCCAAGGUCAAGACCGAUUAGUAUAUAAUCUAGUUGUUCAAGUCCCUCCAGGGGCACCCAUUUUGUAUGUAACCAGCGCAACAAGUAGUAGUAUUUUACUUCAUUGGAAAGCUGGUUCGACAGGAGGUGCUCCACUAAAAGGGUUUACAUUAAACUAUCGUAAAACUCAUGGAAACCUAGACGAGUUACAUUUAUCACGACAUGCUGCCAGUCAUGAAUUAAAAGGCCUACUUUGUGGCACCACUUAUCACUUAUACUUAACUGCGCACAAUAAAAUUGGAAGUUCGCCAGCUAGCCCUACACUGUCCGUACGCACACAAGGUCAAUCACCAGGAAUUCCAGCUCAUGCUGCCUUUUUAUCACCGAAUUCUACCUCAGUGGUAUUACGACUACAUGUAUGGCCUGAUAACGGAUGUCCUUUACUAUAUUUUGUAGUUCAAUAUAAAAAAACUAACGACUUACAUUGGAAUUUAGUUUCUAACUCACUCAAACCACAACGGCGGUAUACAAUACCUGGACUAGCUCCGGCCACGGAGUAUAAGGUAAAAGUUGAGGCUCAUAAUAUUGCUGGAUCCAACGUCGAGGAAUACACUUUUAUGACCUUAACAAGAGAAGGAGAUGCUCCGCCUCCAGAUUUAAUGAAACGUGGAAGUGAAACCCCUCCAUUUUAUACAGAUAUUAGGAUUGUUAUACCAAUUUUAGCAGCAAUCCUUGCACUAUUAGCAUCUUUAGUAACAGCGAUCCUCUGUUGGAAAAAUCGUAAAUAUGUUUGUUACAUAACUUGUAAUUGCUAUGAUUUGAAAAAUCUUGUAUUUUUUUUAGGACAAACACAACCUCCAAAAGAAACUUUGGACAAUCAACAAAAUGCAGAAGCACAAAGAGAACGAUACUAUGCUACAAUCCAUAAAGUGGCACUACAAGCUGGGGAAAAAAUACCAGAAACUUCGGAGGAUAUUUCUCCAUAUGCAACCUUUCAACUGUCAGAACCAAGUACACUUCCAAAUAAUACAAUGUUGCAUAGUUUUAUGUAUCACGAGCACGCAAUGACCGAAGGAUGUGCUUCACCACCCCCACCUAAUGCACAACGAGCUUCACCUUAUUAUAAUAUUCAAAGUACAACAAAAAGUCACACCAGAAGAAGACGAAAAGCCGAUAUGGAUAGCGAUGAGAGUGAAUCAGAUCCCGAUCAACUUACAUCCAGUAGAACAGAAUCAUCCAAUCAAUUAGAUGCAAAAUUGAAACACAAUUUCAUCUAUCAUGGCGCACAGUCUAGCACAUCAUCUGACAUAUCACCGAUGUCAGAACAAAAAUCUCUUCCACGAAGGGGGAAAUCCAGUAGAUGGCUUGUACCAAGCAGAGCUAGAACGUUGCUACCACCAUUAUCAGUGGCAGAAACAACAUUUGGAGGUCGGCCACCACCACCGGCAUCUGUACCAGAAAGUGGUACACCCGAUCGACCGGAGUUGAGUGAAGCAGAGUGUGAUAUUGACACACUAAAAAAAUUAAAAUUAGGUUUAAGAUCAUCAUUAUGGUCCCGUCCUGGAGGCUCCCAACAACAUCCGUCAGAUUACUCAAUUGCUGUAUAAAAAAAAGGAAAACACAUAAACAAACAAAG